GCCUUGUCUGGUGCCUUUUGUUCUGAACUCCAGGAACCGAGUAUUCGCUGAGAAGUCGAAAAAUGAGAUCGCAGAAAGGCGAAGCUCGCAAGGGAAGCUCGAAGAGCAGGCGCCUGAGCUUCGAACGAUCCCGAGUCGCUUCAGGACGACAGAAACGGGCCUCUACAGCUGAACCUGCACCAUCUGCUGCAAGGUCACGCAAGAAGGCACCAGCAAUCAAAGCUACCACAGCGGAUGAGGGAGCGAGCAAAGACGGCGAAGUCAAGCAGAUGAGCAUCGAGCGUCCGGUUCUCCAACGCACCCGCUCUACGCCGCUACCACAGGCGCCAUCCAAGAGCGAGAGACCGCGAGUCGGAACACCUGUGACUAAAUCCGGUAGCACGGAAGACGUGGACGAGGACGGCAACGAGCUCUGGACAACGGCCAGCUCGGGAUUCGUUGAGUCUCUUGGCACGGACUCUCAGCUGACCGAACCGGACAGCGUCCCUCUGGCUGAUGGUGACGUCCAUGGACUCCACGUCAUCGUUUCUCCUUCGGGUGUCUUGCUGGAAAAGUCAGACGCCUCCUCGCCAGAAGUCGAACAGCAGUCGCCUCGCACCGUGCGGUUUCAACCGGGAGGCCGGAAACGAUCCCGAGCACGGGGGGAACUCUCCCCUCACAGCAGCACUCGAAAGGCGCGGUCGCACUUCUGCUGCGACCACCGAGUGGGCGUGCUGUGCGCAGUGCUGACAACGCUGCCGGCAGCGCUCAUCGUGGCCUACUCGCUUCGCCUGUGGACAACGGGCAGCGUCCGCUGGCAGUCCUUCUGCCUCGAGUACGACGGCGAGGCCUGCUUGGCCGCCAUGGAGGAGCUGCACGAGCUGCUCAGCCCGUCGGUGGAGCCUUGUGACAACAUGUACGCUUACACCUGCGACCGGUGGGACCGUCGCCCCGACGCACUCGCGUACAACCGAACGUACGUCGCCAGUUCCCUGUCCAAGCUGUACGAGACAGUCAACAGGACGCUCCUGUCUGGCCCGACGCUGAGACCCAACGUCUUCGGUCGCCACGUGCUCCAGGCCCUAUACACUUCGUGCUACGCGUCCCUAAGCGCUGCCAAGACCUCGCCGCUAGACGUUCCUCGCGAGCUUUCUGCGCUGCUCGUGGAAGGCGACAUGCGCAAUGGCAUGGAGCUCGCGCUCAACAUGUCGUUACAGUGGGGACUCGAGAUGCUGUGGGGAGCACGCUUGGAGCGCAACGGCUCUACACCUAGCUACGUGCAUCUCUACGCGGGUCGAUCGAUUGCCGAUAAGCUUGAAGGAAGAGGCCACGGAAUGACCGCGGACGCCGUGCGAUACCUCAAGCACGUUGUCGAUGGUCUGGGCAAGGAGCGCUUCGCAGCGAUGGUUGACUUGGCGUUGCGGGUCGACAAAGCACUGCAGUCCGAGUUGUGCUGCACGGAAGGCCUCGACAGCACCUGGGUGCAGGUGACAGACCUGGACGUGUUCAGCUGGUAUAUUAAAAGCAAUCAGUGGUGGAAUGCCUUCGUCCGCUAUCUGUGGAAAACGGAACCAGCGGAAGACUGGCAGAAGCGGCUCGUGGUAACAGGAUACAAUCAGAUUAAGGACGCUUUCGCAACGCUCGAACAUCACUCUGACGUCGCGCUGCUCUACUUGUACCUGCUGGCUUCAGCCGAGGUGCUACAGUAUGACUACCGGAAGCGCGUGCUCCAGAGCGACAGUGAGGACUCCGGUGUGGUGUACGCCUGCAUGGAAGCAACACGGCGAGUCCUCUCUCCAUCGUGGCCCUACAUCAUCGCAGAUGUCUCUGGCUACGCACACGCCACUGUCGCUGUCGGGGACAUGUACGAACAGCUCCUCUCGUUGAGCAAUGAGAGUCCCUACUCGACGUCCAUGGACAACGUGUCCCGUAUCCGCGCCAAUAGCCAGAUGAGCGUGGUGACGCUCGACGCCUUCCCUGCUUUCUUGCCUAUCAAAGGCGUAGACAUCGUAAGAUUCAGCAACGAUUUCAGACUUCAAGGCACCUUCGGUUCCGAGUACUUGCGGCUCCUCGGUAUGUCCCAGUCGGUGGUGCGCGAUAGGGAGCAGCCUGCCGGUCUGGACCGCCUCACCGAUGACCAGUCGAAAGGCGUCCUGGAAUUCUCCCUCCUCACCCGAAGCCUGGUGGUGCCGACUGCUUACACCCUUUCACCAGUUUUCUACGAACAAGACGUUCCCGAAAGCUUGAACUACGGCACGCUUGGAAGUCUAAUUGCGAAGGAGAUGUCCGAGGUGGUAGCGCCUGGCAGCCCUGCCAUCACUACAAACGCCGCGACGGAAUCGUCAGGUGAAUGGUGGACCGAAGCUUCUAGGAGGUCUCUCAACAAGACACUGCAGUGCUGGCAGCGUUUGGCCAACAGGACGGAACGGAACGGCAGCGGUGGAGGCAACAGCAGCACCGCAACGUCGGAACUGGGCCUCGUCGAGCGUUCCCUGUUCCUGUGGAGCCGCGGCGCGCGCCUGGCCUUCGACGGGAUGCGCAGGGUGGUGCAGCGUCGAGCCCUGCACUGGGCGCGCAGCGUCGGCGCAGCCCAGGAGCAGUGGCAGACGCAGCAGCGCGUCUUCUUCGCCCGCUUCUGCCUGCUCGCGUGCUCGGCGGCCUUCGACGGGAGCGGGGGCAAACGAGGCGUGCUCUCCCCGCGGCUGCGCUGCAUGCUGCCCCUGGCCAACAUGCGCGAGUUCCACGCGGCUUACAACUGCACCCACAUCAACGAGACCAGCUACUGCCCCAGCCUGUGAUCCGAGGGGCAUUUCGUUUGCGGUGCUUCGCUGGUUUCGACGGCGCUGGCUGAUUCUGUGAAACGUUUUAGGUGUAGUGUGAUCUGCUUCUGUUUGCUUUUAUUUCGCCGCGGAACUUGCGCGACGAACGUCGUGUAACUCACGCAGCAUAAACUGGGGUCGCUCGACGCCAGCCGCCAUCGUAGAUCCAUGACGUGUCUCCUUUUGGAAUAAAGAUUUCCCGCGAUUUUUUAUCUGCCCCCCUUGGUAGGAGCGUGGCAUGAAUGUCGAACGUCAUCGCCCGAAUAAUAAUUAAACAAAAUGGACUCGCUUAUAGCAAAGCUU